UGGUAAAUCUUGGUUUUGUUGCUCAGGUGGCUGUGAAGUUUUCUCUGAAGUUUCCAGAAAUGCCAUACGUCAAAGUGCCUGGUCAUCGCAAACCCCUCCCCAAUGAAAUCGGCCUGACAUUGAUGGCCAACAAGGGUCGCCAGGUUCCGGAGAUCAUUAAACUGCUGGACUGGGAGGACGGCUUAGACCACUACAUCAUGGUCAUGGAACGGCCAUCUCCUUGCAUGGACUUGUUUAGUUUCGUGGAGCUCCAUGGAGGGAUCCUCGAAGAGCGGACUGCGCGGCAUGUUAUGCAGCAGGUCAUUCGCGCUGCUCAAAUUUCAUGCAAGCGUGGUGUCUUCCAUCGUGACAUCAAACUAGAGAACUUGCUGGUGAACCUGGACACCAUGGAGGUCAAGUUGAUUGACUUUGGGUGCGGUGCACUCAUGAAGAACACUGCCUUCGAUGUCUUCAGUGGCACAGAGGUGUACUGUCCUCCAGAGGUCGAGGUUUACGGCAAGUACUACGCCAAGCCGACGACGGUGUGGUCUCUAGGCAUCCUGCUGUUUGCAAUGGUGUGCGGAAGUUAUCCCUCAGACAGCGACCUGUACAUGAUCAACGCAAACAUCUGGAGCAGUCCUGGCCUAUCACAAGAGUGCCGCCAGAUGAUUUGUGAUUGUCUGCGACCUUGGCAACAGCAAAGACCCAUUCUGAAGAAGAUGCAUCUCCACGACUGGUUUAAGGUUAGAUUAGCUUAAGUUUUUCAGGGCCCGAGCAACUACUGUUUUGGCUCUUCUCCUCUUAAGGUGAGUAUGGUCAUUUUUUUUUAGCUAGCAGAGAUCAACAUGAAACUUUCCCAGUUGAUUACCUACA